AUGAGUCUUUACUUUGCAUUGCUGUUUACCGUGCUGAGCGUGGAGAUCGGGGUUUUGUUUCUGCUCGUGUGUCCGCUGCCCCUACGGGUGCGCAAGCUGCUGUACAGGGGUUGUCAAAGUUGUCUCGCGAAACAGGAGUUCAGGGUCGUCGCGAGCAUCAUUGGUGUGAUUGUUGGGUUGUUGUUCGUGGACUCCUUCAAGCGUGCGAACGUUCCUGUGAACUUGCCCCGUCAUUCGCAACAACGGGUAGGGGAACCCCCAGUGGGAGGUUACGACCCAAUCACGUCGAUACAGGCGUUGGCGUCCAGGUCGUAUAAUCAACGGAACGCGUACAUCUCAGGGUUCAUCCUGUAUUUCGCUGUAGGGAUUAUGACCGUGAUGAGCGUCGUUCGUAGGGUCAUCAAGUACCAAGAACUGAUUAACAAGGGUGAGAAGCCCGUAGAGGACACUGAAACUAAGGAGUUGAGGACAGUGUUGCAACAGAGGGAGACGGAUCUUGCCGCACUGAAGACACAACUCGAGAACAACGAGAAGUUCUUUGACAAGAACAACGAACCGAGCGAGACGGACGCUAAUUUGAAGAAGAACGAGUAG